UUGAGCUAGGAAGUCGUAUAGUUUUCAUUGGCGGUGUCCUAAACUGGUUUUACUUCACUUGGUUAUAGGAUCCAAGAUCAACUAGGUAACAGUCAUGUGUGACUACUUUACCAGCCAUUUAAUUAUUGUAGUAUAUAUAUAUAUAUAUUGCGGGUGUAAAUAUAAUUAUACACGGUUAUUAAAAAAAAAAAAAUCAUACACGGCAGUUGCCGGGAGCCAACGCAACGGCAGUUCCCGGGAGCCAACGCAACCCGCUUCGUUAGCACAUUCAGCUUGAAAACCCCCCGCUCGCCACGAGUCGGAACUAAAAGCCUAAACAGAAACUCUAAUUCCAGACACCUCUAAAGACUACUCCACAUCCAACUACCGACACGUUUGUUCCCACUUCUUAGUAAAGUUUUCCGUGAGACUUGAUUGAGUUUUUCCUCAACUGUCGUUUUUUUCCUCGGCUGCGUUUGCUUUUCUUUCCUCAUUUGUUAUUUAUUGUCAUGCCCAGUUCCUGACUAAGUUUGCUCUAUAAAAGCCUUUGGAUUGCACCUUUAACUUCCAAGAUCAUGGCAUAUUACAAAAGAGCCAAGCUUGCGCUUGAUGGCUUUCACCGUAUUGGUUCCAUGAUUUUUUCCAAUAUUCUUCUUACUCAACAGCCCACUUUGAAAAUUUCUCAAACUGGGCCUUCGAUUCUAGCACGGAAUAGUGCUAAAUUAUUUGGGUUUUGCUCAUAUUCGACGAUUUCGCAGAAAUCGGUUUCGCAGUUGGGACUAGCUAGAAGCAAGUGUAAUAGUCCCUUUCUCGGCGGCGGUAAGAGAUAUUACUAUGUUGAUCGGUACCAAGUUCAGCAUUUUAGGCCGCGGGGUCCUCGGCGGUGGUUUCAGAAUCCAAGAACAGUUUUGAUUGUGGUUCUGGUGGGUUCGGGGGCUCUGAUUACAGUUUAUUUUGGGAAUUUAGAGUCUAUCCCUUAUACCAAGAGAACCCAUUUCGUGCUUUUGUCGAGAGCAAUGGAGAGAAGGCUCGGAGAGGCCCAAUUUGAUCAGAUGAAGGGUGCCUUCAAGGGAAAGAUAUUGCCGGCAAUACACCCAGAGAGCGUUCGAGUUCGGUUGAUAGCAAACGACAUAAUAAAGGCGUUGCAGAAAGGAUUACGACAUGAACAAGUUUGGAGCGACUUGGGUUAUGCGUCCGAGAGUGUUGGGGCAUCCCAGGAGGAAAGUGGGCACGAUACGUUGAUGGCUCUCAAGGAAAGUGGUGGAGAGGGGACAGUGGAAGAGAAGUGGUUCCGUGACGAUGAGAUUCUUGAUGAUAAAUGGGUUGAGGAGACUAGGAAGAAAGGUCAACAAAGAGGGUCUCAAUCUGCUACUUCCCAUUUAGAGGGAUUGAAUUGGGAGGUUCUUGUGGUGAACGAGCCUGUUGUUAAUGCUUUCUGUUUGCCUGGUGGGAAAAUUGUUGUCUUUACAGGAUUGCUUGAGCAUUUUAGAAGUGAUGCCGAGAUAGCAACUAUAAUUGGCCAUGAGGUUGGGCAUGCUGUGGCUAGACAUGCCGCAGAGGGUAUUACGAAGAAUUUGUGGUUUGCCAUUCUGCAAUUGGUGCUUUAUCAGUUUGUUAUGCCCGAUAUUGUCAAUACCAUGUCAGCACUAUUCUUAAGGCUUCCUUUUUCACGAAGGAUGGAAAUGGAAGCUGAUUACAUUGGACUGCUAUUGAUCGCUUCAGCUGGGUAUGAUCCCAGAGUGGCACCAAAGGUGUAUGAGAAGUUGGGCAAGGUUACUGGAGAAUCUACAUUAAGAGAUAAUCUUUCGACCCAUCCGUCGGGAAAGAAGAGAGCUCAGUUGCUGGCUCAAGCCAAGGUCAUGGAAGAGGCCCUUACUAUAUACAAAGAUAUCAGAGCUGGAAGAGGGGUCGAAGGUUUUCUUUAAGGACAAAAAGCAAAAACUAAGAUCACCUGUACGCUGUACGGCUCGGGAUUCUCACAGUUUUCUAUCUUUUAUUUUAUUUUUCUUGAAACAUACCCCUUGACGGAUAUAAGUUUAUAUUGUUUUAUUUCAACUGUAAUCAAGAAUAAUUCUUACAACCUCUCCAAUUUAUUUUGACUGGGGACAAAUUUUGGCUGACAAUAAAUGAAUAAAUGUGUAAAUUGGUCAUCA